AUGGGCGGCAGGCUAUCCAUGCCCCGUGGCCCAGAUGGCGUCAACGCAUCCAAGCCUACCUCUGGCCCUACGCCCGCUCGGUUGAGCCGGAAUCGGGGGAUCAUUAAUGGGCGAACAGUCAUGGCACCUUUGGCGGCAUUGACCAUGGCCGGCCUCCUCUUCGUCUACGCAAGGACGUCGAUUCGAGCAGCGAAAUUGAACGCGCAAAAACAUCGCGAGGCAGAUGGCGGGCAGAUCAGCUGGCACAAGGAGAGCAUGCGGAGGCAUGGACAACUGGAGAGAGUGGACAAUGACCGGAGUACGCUGAAGGAGGCGCUCCAGGCGGAUUUCUCGCGGUCGAAGAAAGAGGUGGCGCAGGAGGAGACAAAGGUCAGGACAGAGCGAUCGGCUGAGGAGGGAAGAUUGCGCAAGAUGAUGGGAAAGGACGACUGA